AUGUCGGAGGCAUCACCCGAUCAGCCUACGCACCUCGAACCUCCCAGCAAGACCACAGAGCUGGAGGACCCAGGAGCUGAGGAUAUUGCUUCCAGCAGCGACGAUGACCACUUCUCAGAUGCCAGUGAAGGCCAUGCACAAUUAAAACAAAGCCCACCAUCUGGCAAUACUUCCCCUGUCCCGUCCACUCGAGUCGAGCGGGUGGACGACAGUGCCCAGCAUGGCGAAAUUCCCGGUACAGAAGCAUACGAGAAACGAGCGCAAGACGCCGUCCCCGAUGAAAUCGAAGUCAUCCCAGAAGAUACACAGAGCAAGGACCAAGCUGCGUCGGGGCCGCAGGACCGACCUAUAACCCCAGAAGCUUCACCCAUCCCACAUACAGUAGUGGAAAAGGUGGAUCCUGAGGAGCCAAGCUAUGGUGAAGUUCCAGGAACCGAAGCGCAUGAAAAGCGCCUGGCCGAUGCAGUGCCUGACAUAGUGACCAAAGCACCCGACCAUGAGAGUAAUGAAGCUCCGUCGCUGGAUGAUACCCCCUCUGACAAUGAUUCCACAACUCAACCAAUUCCUGAAACGCGGGUUUCCAAAGUGGACACAUUGCCCCUGGAUGAAGUAUCAUCAUCAGGUCCCACGGCCCAUCAAAGCUCAGCCAGUGAUGCAGAGCCCGACACAGUGGAAAUAGUCCCAGACGCCCCAGAACCCACGUCCCAAGGUGGCGCCGCAGAUGGGUCCGAAGAGGCUGAAGAAGAAGCCAUAGAAGCCGAAGCCGACGAUUUUGGCGACGACUUCGACGAAUUUGUCGACGAGGCAGAAGAAAUGGGAGACGACGACUUCGGAGACUUCGACGACGGCUUCCAAGAACCCACAGAAAUGGCCAGUGGUACAACCACUCCUCCACAGCCACCCGCACCAACAGUCCCCCCCCUGGCAGACUUCUCCGCCUACAAAUCUACAUCCGAACUACUAGCCUCCCUCCAAGGAACCCUCGACAACCUCCUCCCAACAUCCGACAUCACCACCCUCCCAAAAGUCGAACCAAUCUCCGACCAAACAGCCAUCUUCAACACAGAGCGCUCACUCUCCCUCUGGUCCCAACUAGUAGCCCCACCCCCGCUUCAACCCCAAAAUUGGGUAAAAUCCCGCAUCCGCCGACUUUUCCUCGUCUCACUAGGCGUUCCGGUAGAUCUAGACGAGAUCCUUCCAGCCUCGAAACAGAAGAAACUCGUCCUACCCUCCAUCGACCUUGAUUCGGGCUCCAAUACGCCUGCUACACGCUCACGCAGCCAACCCCGCAAGGGAGGCGAGGGUGAAGCUUCGGCUGAAACCGAUGGUGCUGCGCAGGCUCCUCGUACCAAAGCCAGACGUGGUGCUGCGCCACCGCCUCAGUUGGAUCUUUCAGCUGUGCGGAGAUUGUGUGCUACUACUGAUGCUGCGUUGAAUGGGUUAACGGAUAGCGAGCUUAAAGAUCAUGCUGCUGAGCUGGAGGCUGUUACCUUGCGGGCUAGUGAGGUCCUUGAGUAUUGGCUGAAGCGAAGGGAUGGACUUAUUGGUGAGAAGGAGGCUUUCGAAGGUGUUAUUGAGAACCUUGUUAGUCAUGUGAGGAGGGUGAGGAAGUGA